AUGGCCUCAGCGACGCAAACAGAGAAUUCUGGGCGCAAGGCUCCGCCGGGAGCAUCAUGGCAGGACCAGGAAGAGCUCGUUCUCCCCAAAAAUCGAUUGGGCAUUGUAUUUCUAGGCCUGAUGUGCUCUGUUUUCCUAGCGGCUUUGGAUCAGACUAUUGUCGCCACUGCACUCCCAACGAUAGUAGCACAACUUGGUGGGGGUAGUCAGUACAGCUGGGUCGGCAGUGCGUACAUGCUGUCGGCCGGCGCUUUUGGCCCUCUGUAUGGGAAAUUAUCCAAUAUGUUUGGUCGUAAGCCGAUACUCUAUACUUCAAUAUGUACCUUUUUGCUUGGAUCAGCGUUAUGUGGGGCAGCCCAGAGCAUGAUAUGGUUGAUCGUUGCUCGUGCAGUACAGGGCAUCGGUGGUGGAGGGAUUAUUCAACUUGUGAUUAUCACAAUAUCAGAUAUCGUUCCCCUGAAGGAUCGAGGGCGAUACGGGGGUUUUGUCGGUGCUACCUUUGGUGUGGCUAGUGUCAUUGGUCCACUGUUGGGCGGUGCCCUCACGGAACACGUUUCGUGGCGGUGGUGUUUCUUCAUCAAUUUGCCGACAGGUGGCGUUUCUGCAGUGAUACUAUUCAUCUUCCUGAACCUCAACCCACACCAAAGUCGCCCUAUCCACGAGCAGAUUGCAGAACUUGACUUUGUCGGGCUCUUCUCUUUUGUCGGGGGUGUUGUGUGUCUACUUCUCGGAUUCCAGUUCAGUCAGACAAGUUGGUCUGAUGCCAAGACUAUCGCUUUGCUCGUUGUUGGAUGUACACUACUUGUUCUGGGAGGCGUCAAUGAAGUAUUCACCACACGCUCUGCAAUUGUGCCUGCACGCCUUUUCAAGACUCGUACAACUGCAGUGUUGCUCGUCAGCGCAUUUCUUCAUGCUAUUACGUUCUUCACCGCUACAUAUUAUCUUCCACUUUAUUAUCAAGUCCUUGGUGCUAGUGCCACUGGUGCAGGAAUCAGGAUGAUUCCUUUCUCACUGGGCACAGCUAUUAUGUCCAUAGUCGCGGGAGUCAUCAAUUCUCGAACCGGCAAGUCCCGCCCCAUAAUAUGGUCGGCGUAUGCUAUGAUGACACUCGGAUGGGGUCUCAUGACUAUGCUGGAUUAUAACUCAAACAAUGCGGAGAAGGAAUUGUACCCAUUCGUCGCGACCCUUGGUGUUGGGUGCUUAUUCCAGGUUCCCAUUAUCGCUCUUCAAGCAGCAAUGCCAAUGAAAGACAUGGCCACUGCUUCGAGUGCUUUCAUGUUCCUUCGUACGGUCGGCGGAGCGGUCGGUAUCUCCGUCGGUGAAGCCAUUAUCUCGAGUCUUCUUUCGAAGAAGAUAGCGAGUAUACCUGGAAUAAGUUCAUACGUCUCUGGAUCUACCGCUGCACUGUUGAAUGAUGACGUCUCGUAUCUGCAUCUUAUUCCGGUGAGUUUCGUUCUGGCUGGAGACUCCCAGGAGCCUUGA